UAUUUUAGUUAUACUAUUGACCUUUCUUAACCUGGUCUGAUAGUAGAAACAUGUGACUUAAGUUUGUUGUAAGAUUAUACAAAUUUCGUUCAAGCUAUUUACUCAAGAUAAUGUCGACUGACAGGUACCAACUAUGGGGAGGAUGCUUCGAAGAAGAGCCGUCGGAUGUAUUAAGAAGAUUAAACGAUUCUCUUCCAAUUGAUACCAGAUUAUUCAAAGAAGAUAUUCAGGGUAGCAGAUGUUGGGCGAAAGAACUUUUUACAAGUAAACAUCUUUCUUAUGAAGACUAUGUUAAAAUAUCUGAAGGACUCGAUAAAGUUGAAAAGGAUAUUGAAGAGGAAUUAAAACAAGGUGGAUCUCUAAAAGACUCGGAAGAAGAUAUACAUUCUGUUGUGGAGUGUCGUUUAUUUAAGUAUGCUGGUGACACCGCAUUGCGACUUCAUACUGCGAGAAGCCGCAAUGACCAAUCCGCCACCGACACUAAACUAUGGAUGAUAUCCUCAUUGCCUCGAUUGUAUUCAGCCUUAUGUGACUUAAUAUCGGUUUUAGUGUCUAGAGCUGAAAACGAAAUAGAUGUAAUCGUCUCGGGGUAUACUCAUCUACAACGAGCUCAACCGGUGCGAUGGAGUCACUUCCUUUUAAGUCAUGGAUGGGCUCUUCGCGACGAUGCUACGAGGUUAGAAGAACAAAGCAACCGACUGUCAUGUUGCCCGUUGGGUAGCGGAGCUCUAGCUGGGUGCGCUCUACCCAUUGAUCGUAAUCGACUUGCGAAUUCUCUUGGUUUUAAAGAUAUCACCCAAAACUCCAUGUUUGCCGUUUCUUCAAGAGAUCAUAUCGUGGAAUUCUUAAACUGGUCCUCUCUGUGCAUACAUCUCAGCAGAUUAGCCGAAGAUCUCAUAAUCUAUAGUUCCCGAGAAUUUGGAAUUGUUCGAUUUAGUGACCAAUUCUCGACUGGUUCGAGUUUGAUGCCCCAAAAACGUAAUCCAGAUGGGUUGGAGCUUGUGCGUGGCGCUGGCGGUCUAUUACUUGGAGAUGCAUUUGCAUUCAGUUGUACCCUGAAAGGACUCCCUAGUACUUACAACAAGGAUUUACAAUCAGAUAAAGAAAUAUUGUUCAGAUCCUACGAUCGUCUCCUAGACUGUCUGAAAGUAACUACAGGCACGAUGCUUACGAUGAAAGUGGACCCAGAAAAAGCACUUAAAUCACUGGAGCCGGAAAUGCUUGCAACAGAUUUAGCGUACGUCCUAGUUCGGCAAGGAGUGCCGUUCCGUCGAGCUCAUCAUAUAGUCGGGGCAGUCUUACGCCGAGCAUCAACUCUUGGCGUGAGUUUGCGCGACUUACCGUACCAAGAAUAUAUCGACAUCUGUCCCCAAUUUGGUACGGAAGAGGAGCUGCGAGGAACAUUUUCGUGGGUAAAAAGUGUGGAACAGUACACUAGCCUAGGAGGCACCUCACGAGUAGCUGUUGAUGACCAAAUUAAGAAACUUCGCACGUGGCUUACAAAAGAUAAUUAAUUAGUUAAAUAAUUAGAUAAUUAAUUAAAAAAGUGUAAAAGUCUUUUAGUGAUGAUACGGAAAUACAAUCUAGUUUUUAUGUAUAAUUAACAUUGUUAUUACUCAUUACAAUUAGUAUAUAUGUACAAUCAAAUAGGAAAUAUAUAAAUAAAUCUUUAUAAUCUUCA